AUGCAACCCACCACAUCCUCGAGCACUUCGACCUCAGCUACCUCAAGAGUGGACGUCAUCGACCCCAUUGCUCGCGCACGCCUCCUGGUUUAUGACCCCAAGAACCACGAGCUCGUCCGGCACGGCGGUCUCUGCAUGGAUGGUGACGAAGAUGACGUCCAGGACGAAUUCACCGCCGUGGCGAUCGCGAUCCCUCCUCUCCCUUCCUCCGUUCGCCGCCGCAACCUCGUUCUCCCGCAGAAGGUGCUCGACGCGCUAGUCGACCGGGAGGCUGAUCGCGGCACGGUGGUGAGCUGGGGCUCCCGCUAUACCAAGCGUGUGUGGAUGGCCACGGCGGCUGCUGUUCUUCCGCUUUCUGCCCUACCCACUGUCCUCCAGCGCCUGCUGGACGAUGGCGACGAAUUCCUCGUGCUCGAUUCCGUCGACAGAAUCAAGGACACGCGCCACGGUCACCAAAAGGCCAAUGGGAGUAUAUUCGCGGACUUGUGCAACGGCCUCUACAACUCGGAGCAGUUCUCGGUGGACAUUUUUGUUAUUCGACAGAUGAUUGAUUAG